CCAGCCAGGUUCAGUGCUGCAGAGAAGACCGACCCAACGAUGUGAGGGGACCCCGGACCGAAAUGAGCUGAACCGGCAGACCGGGGGACCACGAGCUCGGCUACACCACGGCAGCAGCUAGCUAGCUCGGCUAGCCGCUCGUCGCUGGACGAGCCCGGUUCUUUCGGAUGUGGACCAGCAGCCUCCAGCCGCCAACCACGACGUGACAGGACGAUGGCUGAAAGAUAACCUCAGCUGACUCGCGUAUCGCCAGCCCCCACCUCCCGUCACAGCUCAUGGGACUUCAUGGAGGGCAGACGUCUUGCUUUUGUUUUAAACGGACCGACUGUCGGCUAAUCGUCAGAAUGAAGUCCUAACCAUGUGAGCAAACUCCCAGCCCACCUGAGAUUCCUUUGAUUUGUGCCACUUGUUCCCUACCAGAUCCAUAUCCCUAGUGUUGUUGGGCCAUGGUUCGCACUAAAGGUUCUAUCAUCCUGUGUGGUGCUUUCCUCUUUGUGGCCUGGAACGCUUUGCUUCUGCUCUAUCUUUGGGGCCGACCUCCCAUCGGCCGGCUCGGAGAGGGCGGAGGAGCCGAACCCGGCGGAAAGGAGGAGUGGGGUAUCGGCAUGGAGCGAGCGGGUCGAGUCAACCUGGCUGAGGAGAUGAUUCGGCUGGCAGAGGAGGUGGAAGUUCAGCUGGAUACCCAGAAGAAGCUCCUAAAGCAAAUUGAAAGCCACAGAUCGGCGUGGGCUCAGCAGGAGAGCGUUGGGAAACGAGACAUGGAUUCUGUGAAGGAGGUGGUUGUUCGGCCGCAGCUGCUGAAAACUCCAGAUUUUCUUUUAAACGAUCUGAAUAUCGGACCGGACACUGACGCAAAACAUUCACAGAGAGCAGAUUGGACAGCAGCUCCCAGCUCGCACCCAAAGAACUCCCAGGAGCAGCUUCAGAACGCUGAAGUGACGAGUCCGGCUCCCAGCCCAGAACCCGUCAUCCCCAUCCUGGUCAUCGCCUGCGACAGGGUCACCGUGAAGAGGAGCCUCGACAGACUCAUCCAGUACCGCCCCUCUGCAGAGCUCUACCCCAUCAUCGUGAGCCAAGACUGCGGUCACGCUGAGACGGCCCGUGUGAUUGGAUCGUACGGCGAUCAGGUGAUGCACAUUAGCCAGCCGGACCUGUCGGACAUCCGAGUCAGGCCGGAGCACAGGAAGUUUCAGGGCUACUACAAAAUCGCCCGACAUUAUCGCUGGGCGCUGAGCCAGGUGUUCACCACCCUGUCUCAGUCCACGGUGGUCGUCGUGGAGGACGAUCUGGAGGUGGCUCCAGACUUUUUUGAGUAUUUCAGAGCGCUGUAUCCCAUCCUGCGCUCCGACCCCACCCUCUGGUGCGUUUCUGCCUGGAACGAUAACGGCAGAGACGCCUUGGUCGAUGCGUCCAAAGUCGACCUCCUUCAUAGAACAGACUUCUUUCCUGGCCUGGGCUGGAUGCUGCUCAAAGAGCUGUGGGAGGAACUGGAACCAAAAUGGCCCUCGGCCUUCUGGGAUGACUGGAUGCGCCAACCCGAGCAGCGAAGGAACCGCUCCUGCAUACGGCCCGAAAUCUCUCGGACUAUCACCUUUGGCAGGAAAGGUGUGAGUUUAGGUCAGUUCUUUGACCAGUACCUGCGCUACAUUAAGCUAAACACAGAGUUCGUGCCUUUCACUAAUCGGGACUUGUCUUAUUUACUAAGAGAGAACUAUGACGAAACGUUCAUCAAGGACAUUUAUAGUGCCCCGUUGGUGAAGAUCGAAGACCUGCAGCAGGGGGGCAGGUUGAGAGGACCUGGACCGUACAGGGUGAAGUACUCCAGCAGGGACAGUUUUAAGGCUUUUGCUCGAAACUUGGGGGUGAUGGACGACCUAAAAUCUGGAGUUCCUCGUACGGGUUACAGGGGGGUGGUUAGCUUCCAGCACCGGGGCCGAAGGGUGUUCUUGGCUCCACCAGAAGGGUGGACCCACUACGACAUCAGCUGGAGUUGAGAAUAAUGGAGUGGAAGAGAAACAACCUCUCAGACCAAAGAAUAGUGCAGACCCGUGAAGACGGAUUAUUCACCAGGAGCCUGAACGGUAAAAACUGCUUCAGAUCAGCUGUCGGCAGUGUGCCUUGGUUUCUGGGCCCAGUUCGUUUUAUCACAGCAAAAGGAAACUACCAGACAGUCCAGUCCAAAAGUACCGGACCAGCAGAGCCAGUUCCUUUUAGUUUUGUUGCUCAGCUAAAUCAUUUAGCAUCAAAACUCAAGUACAGGAGAAAAAAGCAGCACUUCUCUUUUUAAUUCCCACUUUUUACCUCCAGAUCUGUGUAGGAGAACAGAUGGGUGUCGUCUGAGGGUGAUUGUUCCAACUGAACGUCUCCUCUCACUCUCAGCCCUGGGCUUUGUUGUUCUGGCUCCAGUAGAUGUUCAAAAUAAAGAUAAAUCCCCAUUAGAGGCAUCGAAGUUUCCAUCCCUUCUUCAUGGGCCUGAGAGUCCGCUGUAAUGGUUUAUUUAAACCGUUCUUCUUCCAAAAGAGAACAGUUGUACAACUUCAGUGAAUUUUAAAGCAAGGAUCGGUGCACAGGUUUGAACUAACUGCUCAGAAUUAUACAUACAGGCUCAGAUAUUUACAUACACCCACUAAUAUUUGGUUAAAUGUCACACCUCAGCCUCAGACGGAAGGAUUUCCUGGCGCAGACUACACUUUCAAACAUUCUCCAUCUUCUACCUCUUAUCUGUAGCCGUUAGCAGGUCCAGGAGAGAAACCCAGACCUCCGUCUCCCCAGAGGUACUCUCCAGCUCCUCCUGGGGGGAGCCGAGGUAUUCCCAGAUCAGAGAAGAUGCACGAUCCUUCCAGAAAGUUCUGGGUCUGACCCAGAGUCUCUUACCAGUGGGGCAUGUCCAGAAAACCUCCAAAGUGCAGCAUCCAGGAGGCUGAACCUCUUCAGCGG